CUAUGGUGAAGAAGGCCGGCCGGCGGGCGAAGGAGGAAGAGCAGCGUUAUCCUGUGUUCGCUAAGUCAGUGCAUAGGGAUUGUCGAUUUGACUACACGCGCGACCGCGACGUCCUGACAGUGGCAAGGGCGAUGUGACUGGCGGGCUUCGCCUAUACCAGACUUCUUACUAUUUCUACUAGCACUACGACAGCCUCUCGCCUUUGUUAAGCUUGACGCCCGAGCUCGCCUCCCCACCGCCGUCAGUAUGUCGGUAUUAGCCCUCCAAGAGUACGAGUUCGAAAGGCAAUUCAACGAGGAGGAGGCCAUCCGAUGGAUGCAGGAGAACUGGAAGAAGUCCUUCCUUUUUUCCGCCCUCUACGCCGCCUGCAUCCUCGGCGGCCGACAUGUCAUGAAGCAACGCGAGAAAUUUGAGUUGAGGAAGCCUCUGGUGGUCUGGUCCCUCACACUCGCCGUUUUCAGUAUAUUUGGCGCUGUCCGCACUGGAAGUUACAUGACGUACAUCCUCAUGACCAAAGGACUCAAACAGUCAGUUUGCGACCAGAGCUUUUACAAUGGGCCCGUCAGCAAAUUCUGGGCCUACGCAUUUGUGCUAAGCAAAGCACCAGAAUUGGGUGACACACUGUUCAUUGUGCUAAGGAAGCAGAAGCUGAUCUUCUUGCACUGGUACCACCACAUCACUGUGCUACUGUACUCUUGGUAUUCGUACAAAGACAUGGUAGCCGGCGGGGGCUGGUUCAUGACCAUGAACUACCUAGUGCACGCCGUCAUGUACUCUUACUAUGCACUGCGGGCGGCCGGCUUCAAGGUGUCGCGCAACUUUGCCAUGUUCAUCACGCUGACGCAGAUCACUCAGAUGCUGAUGGGCUGCGUGGUCAACUACUUGGUGUACUCCUGGAUGCAGCAGGGCCACGAGUGCCCAUCGCACAUGCAUAACAUCGUGUGGUCAUCGCUCAUGUACCUCAGCUACUUCGUGCUCUUUGUGCAGUUCUUCUGGGGGGCUUACAUGGGAAAGACCAAAACAGCCACUGCUCUAAAAAAGACUGAGUAGAAAAAGCAAAAAAAAAAAAACAAAAGGAAGAAGAUGAGGACUGAUGGCGGGAUGAUAGGUGGACCACCGUGAUGAAGCCAUUGCAAAUUGGUGUUAAAAAAAACAACAAAAGUUCCUCAUAGUCUUAAAUCAAAUGAUCACAAAAAUCUGCUACAAACUUGUGUUUACUUGACUUUUUAAACAUUACUACAGUACAUAUGAAGAAUUGUUUGUCUCGUCUGUCUCUGUGUGUGUGUUCUGUUAUUUUAUGUCUAUCCAAAUAAAAGUUGUCAAUUUUCA